AUGGACCGAAAGACGGUGGUCUUUGAGGACAGCGUGGGCUUAAACAAUGACAUCCCACCGACUCUGCAGACGGAUCCUGCUACGGACAUGAGUCAGCCAAGCAAGUCAAAGUCUCUCUCUCCAUCUUCGAAACAUGUUGAUGAGCUGGAGCAAUUGGAGGAGACGCACUUUAUCGAGAAUCAAAAAGAACUCGUUGCACUGCAGAGACUAGACGACAAAUGUGCACAGCUACAGCAAGAGGGAAGAUACACAGAGGCACUCGAAUGUAUGGAGAAAGGUCUUGUACUAAGGCAGCAUUUCUUCGGGGCAGACAGCGACGAAGUGUGGACAUCCUGUAGGACUGUGGGUGAAAUGUGCAACCUCUUGGCCAUGACCUACUUGCAACAGGAAGAGUUCCGUGUCGUGCUGGAGUUGCUCAAGAAGGCUGAAAUUCUAACUGAACGACAUCCCGCGGGUCGAGCUGUUACACUCAAUAACUUAGCGUGUUACUACCGUCGACAGGGGAAUCUCCACAAAGCACUUACUUAUUUAACCGAGGCGCUCAAGAUCGAGUCACGUCUGGAUAAUUUACCGAAUAAAGCAGAUACACAUCUCAAUAUGUGCGCUGUACUCUCUCAGCUUGGUAAACACCAGAGUGCACUUGGCCACGCUCAGUCGGCGUUGAUUAAUCUACAUGAAGAGCUGCAACUUGGUAGAGUUGAGAAUGGAUCCAGCCCAACACGCAAGGGUUUUAAUGGAAAGAAUGGCGACAAGAUCGAUCCGAUGAUUAAACUUGAUCGUGUGGCAGUCUUGGGCAUCGCGUACCACAACGUGGGCGUCGAACAAGAAUUCUUGAAAUGCUGGGAUCUGAGUCUAAAAUCGUACAAGAAAGGCAAGGAGAUUACAUCCACGUAUCUUGGCGAGUCGCACGGCAUCGUGAUCACAUUGCAGAACUCGUUGCAGAGUGCAAAACGCAACAUGGCCAGCAAAAUUCGGACAGCAGGCAGACGAGGAGACGGGAUCUCACUGCCUAGUAUCAACAGCUCUCGGGGUGGAAAAUCUGCUAUCAAAUCACUGGUAAAUCAGAAAAUGAAGGCAAAGAAGGUGAUCCGAGCAAAAGACGAGUCCCCAACUAAACUGCCGCUAGCGUAUAGCAACAAUGGCAGCAGCAGUACUCGCUUGUAG